AUGGCCCACGGCUCCGCAGCGAUGUCGCACCUCUGGAACGAGCCCGCCGAGAGGUCCCACUUCUCGCCCAACGCCCAUGCCUACGCCCAGAGCGCUGGCCUACCCAUGCAGUACCACGUCGGCAGUCCCAACCUCGGCAACCCCGGCCGUCCCAGCAUCCAGCAGCAGUUUCAAUUCGUCGUCAAGCCCCAGCAGCAGCAGCAGCAGCAGCAGCAGCAGCACCAACACCACCACGCCCACGACGUGUCUGAUAACUACCAGUACCGUACUGCCGAUGCCGGGCUCGAGGCGUCUGGCAUCAUCGGCUCGACGUCGACGCUUGACAAGUCUGGCUCCGCACUAGGUUCUCAGCACCCUGGCUGGGCCUUUGAACACGCUGCAAAGCUGUCCCACCCGCCCGCGGCAUCCGGCACAUCGACGCUAGAUGCCUUUGGCAGUGGCAGCCAUGUCGCUCCUUCCUCGCAGACCCCCGGUGCGCUGAGCGGGCCUCUCGGCGGCCUCCACCACGAUGGCAACACUGCUCUGGUCGACGCCAGCUCCAACUCUUUCAUCUCAGACUCGAGCGUCAUGGCCAACACGACGUCCUACCCUCUGUCCCAGGCCAUGGCCGGCGUCCCCAUCCCCAUCUCGCAGCCCGUGCCCUCGGCCGCGCUGGGAGCGCCCGUCUCAGUCGCCCCUCUGCCGUCGCGCCGGUCUGUUGACGUCGGCAUGGACCGCGCGCCGCUCGGGUCUACCUCGUUCGGCAGCGGCGGCCCCGAGAUGACGGCCUCGGAACCUACUUUUGCUGGCUCCUCGGCCUCUCCCACCAGCUCCAACGGCCGUCUCGGGUCCAGCCCGGAAUCGCAAGGCCUCCCGAGGAAUUCGAUGUUUGGUGAGCCGGCACUGCAGGUCUCCGGCCCGGCACUGGCCAACGUCGACGCCUGGAUGGCAUCGAGCAUCAACGCGGCCCCCAGCGUCACGUCAGUCUCCUCGACCGACAUGGCGAUGCCGCAUGGUCGAUCGUCGAGCGUCCACUACGCCUCGUCGUCGCAGGCUGCUGCUCCCGCUCUUACGAGGCAGCAGCAGCAGCUCAAGCACCAGCAGCAACAGCAGCAACAGCAACAGCAGACUUUCAAGACGAGCGUCGAGCGGCGAGAGAGGAACAAGGCCUCGCAGCGCGAAUCGCGCAAGCGUAGGCAGGACCGCCUCGAGAUGCUCGAAGCCGAGAACGCGGCGCUGCGCAAGGCGCUCGCCAGCGCCAAGAAGGACAAGGCCGGCAAGGGCCUCAGCUCCAAGUUCUCCGGCGCCAUCUUCCUCGACGUUAUCGAGCCGCACCUCGAGGACAGCUCGGCGGAGCAGGGCUUCAACGAGCUGAUCGGGCACCGCUUCCCCGAGCAAAAGUCCGAGGCCCAAGAGGUAUUCAACGAGCUCGACGUUUACGAUCCGCGCGAGGCCGAGGGUGAGGCUGCGCAGACGUCGGACGUGGCGAUCUCGCACAGCGCUUACGGCGAGGCCGCCGAGAUCCCGGCCGAGACAGACAACCAGGUGGCCAAGUCCAGCGGGCCGGUUCGCAACGGCCGCGGCGCACAGCCGCAGAGGAAGAAUGUGUGGGAGCUGGGCAUCAGCCACCACGAGUCGUCCAAGUCGUUUACCUCGCUGGUCGUGGUGCCCGAGCUGGUGCUGUACAAGGUCUGCCGGCUCUACUUUAGCCUGGUGCUGCCCUUCACCACCUCGCUCAAGUCGGGCAUCGUCAACCUUCGCGCCGCGCGCGCCGCGCCGUUCCUGCUGGGCGGGCCGGACGAGCUGCCGCGGUUCAAGGGCGAUCCGCUGGAUGAGGCCAAGCCCGAGCUGGUCCUGCCGCAGAACCUCAUGCCGACUGAGAACCAGCUGCGCAUCGGGUUCCACCCGGUCGAGAUCGCCGUGAUCCCGUUUCCCUCGAUGCGCGACAAGCUGCUCACGAUCAUCGAGGCCUUUCACAAGCUCGAGGGCAUCGAGGACGUGCCCGACGGCGCCCGGAUCACGGAAGAGGAGCGUGCCUACUCGCCGGCCUCGACGCACCCCGAGGUCUACGCGGGCAAGAUGCAGCAGCGCACCGCCAUCAUCUCGGACAUGUCGACCUGGACGCCCGAGGACGAGCUGGACCCCAAGAACGCCGUCGUCAUCCCGGACCGCAAUCGCGUCUACAGGUACGGCUUCACCGAGAAGCCCAAGGGCUCGGUCAAGAUGGGCCGGCCGGCGCAGCGCUUCCUCGACGACUUUUUCGUCGAGGUGGUGCGAUCCUUGCGCAUCUGGACGCCCGCCGGCGACGUCUUCGACCAGGAGGGCUUCGAGCUGCGCGAGAGCUUCUUUGAAAAGUACCCCUCGCUCGUCGACGAGAAGAUCCUCCGCGCCACCAACCGAUGGCGCCGCGCCCGCGGCGAGGCUCCGAUCAGGCUCUAG